CACUAUAUAAAAGAAAAAAUUUAUUUUGAACAUUUUUCUUUUGACAGCAUAAUGGCAGCAAAGCUUAAACAAAAAAAAUUAGAUGCAAUUGCUGCACAGGCCAUGCCUGUUGGGCAAAAAAUUGUUGCUCAAUUCCAAAAUGCUGAUGGAGAAACUACUGGCCCUCCUCUUAACUUACCUGCUGAUGCUACACCUGAGCAACUCGAAUUACUUUUAAAUCAAUUUUUGAAUCAGGGAGAUGAUCCUCUUCCUUAUUCUUUUCAAGUCAACGAUGAUGAAAUUAUUAAUAACCUUUGGGUCGAUCGUAAAGAUAAAUCUACUGAAGACACAAUUACAAUUGUUUAUCAACCACAGGCAAUUUUCCGAGUGAGAGCAGUCUCAAGAUGUACAUCGACAUUAUCAGGACAUACAGAAGCUGUUUUAUCUUGCUCUUUUAGUCCUGAUGGCAGCCAAUUGGCGACAGGUUCAGGUGAUUGCACUGUGCGCAUCUGGGAUUUGAAUACAGAAACUCCUCGUUACACUUUACGAGGACAUAGUGGAUGGGUCUUGUCUAUUGCUUGGUCACCCGAUGGCAACACCUUAGCAUCAGGUAGUAUGGAUAAUACAGUUCGAUUAUGGGAUCCAAAAACAGGUAAACAAAUUGGUGAUGGUCUCAAAGGACACCGUAAAUGGAUUACAAGUUUAGCAUGGGAACCUUAUCAUUUGAAUUCAAAGGCAAAUCGACUCGCUUCAUCUUCAAAGGAUCACACUGUUCGUGUUUGGGAUACAUCAUUAAGACGUAUGGCAUUUACAAUCUCUCAACAUACAGCCGCCGUUACCUGUGUUAAGUGGGGUGGUGAGGGUUUGAUUUAUACUGCCUCUCAAGAUAAGACAAUUAAAGUAUGGAAUUCUUCAGGCAUGUUAGUCAAGACCCUUGAAGGGCAUGGACAUUGGGUCAACACAUUAGCUCUCAGUACAGACUUCGUUCUUCGUACAGGUCCCUUUGAUCAUACAGGAAAACGUCACAAGUCAGAGGAGGAGGCAAAAAAGGCAGCACUAGAACGAUACAAGACAUUUAAAGGGGCAAGUCCUGAACGACUUGUUUCUGGAUCUGAUGAUUUUACUAUGUUUUAUUGGGAACCUGAAAAGAGUAAGAAGCCUGUGACGCGUAUGUCAGGUCAUCAAAAGCUUGUAAAUCAUGUAGCAUUUUCACCUGAUGGUCGCUAUAUUGCUAGUGCCUCCUUUGAUAACUCUGUCAAAUUAUGGGAUGGUAAGACGGGUAAAUUCAUUGGUAAUUUAAGAGGUCAUGUAGGUGCCGUUUAUCAAGUUAGUUGGUCGAGCGACUCUCGUAUGUUGAUUAGUGCAAGUAAAGACAGCACAUUAAAGAUUUGGGAUUUAAAAAAGAUGAAAAUUAAGGUGGAUUUACCUGGUCAUUUGGAUGAAGUAUUUGCUGUGGAUUGGUCUCCUGGAGGUGAUAAGGUUGCUAGUGGUGGCAAAGAUAAACAACUUAAGAUUUGGAGACAUUAAUUGUUCUUUUCUUUCAUUGUACAAAAAUUUGUUUUAUAUAUAUAUAUUAUAGAUUUCACAUAUAUACUUUCUUUUUUUUUUU